UUUUUUUUUUAAUUUUAUGGCCGGUAACGUGAAUGGCGGGAGACGCAACGACUUCAUUGUAGAUUGAAUACAAAGAAAUUAUUGCGGGACAUCAAUUCUAAUAUUACAAUCUAUAACGUCUAAUAUUCGAAAAUCCGUUAUCUUAGAGCAAUAGAAUGGGUGACAAGGGAGAAACAGAAGGGUUUGAUGAUGCCGUUGAAGAGAGGGUCAUAAAUGAAGAGUAUAAAAUAUGGAAAAAAAACACACCAUUUCUGUAUGAUUUGGUCAUGACACAUGCCUUGGAAUGGCCCUCCUUGACUGCCCAGUGGCUCCCCGAUGUUACCAGACCUGAAGGAAAGGACCAUUCAAUCCACAGGCUCAUAUUGGGCACACAUACAUCAGAUGAACAAAACCAUCUCUUGAUAGCUAGCGUUCAGUUACCCAAUGAGGAUGCUCAAUUCGAUGCUUCCCACUAUGAUAACGAAAAGGGAGAAUUCGGUGGUUUUGGGUCUGUUUCCGGUAAGAUUGAGAUUGAAAUCAAGAUCAACCAUGAGGGUGAAGUGAAUAGGGCGCGUUUUAUGCCUCAAAAUCCAUGUGUUAUCGCUACGAAAACGCCUUCUAGUGAUGUUCUAGUAUUUGAUUACACUAAACAUCCAAGUAAGCCAGAUCCUAACGGCGAGUGCCAUCCUGAUCUUCGUUUAAGAGGACACCAAAAAGAAGGGUAUGGUCUAUCAUGGAAUCCAAAUUUAAAUGGAUAUUUGCUUUCUGCCAGUGAUGAUCAUACGAUUUGUCUGUGGGAUAUAAAUGCUACCCCUAAAGAGAAUCGGGUCAUCGAUGCAAAAACCAUUUUUACUGGACAUACGGCUGUGGUAGAAGAUGUAGCAUGGCAUCUACUACAUGAAAGUUUAUUCGGUUCAGUUGCUGAUGAUCAGAAGUUAAUGAUUUGGGAUACAAGGUGCAAUAAUACCAGUAAACCAAGUCAUACAGUAGAUGCUCAUACUGCAGAGGUUAACUGUCUUAGUUUCAACCCAUACUCCGAAUUUAUACUAUCAACAGGAAGCGCAGACAAAACGGUGGCACUGUGGGAUCUCCGAAACCUCAAACUAAAACUACACAGUUUUGAGUCGCACAAGGAUGAAAUUUUCCAAGUUCAAUGGUCCCCCCACAACGAAACAAUCUUGGCUUCCUCCGGAACGGACAGAAGGUUGCAUGUGUGGGAUCUUAGUAAGAUUGGCGAGGAGCAAAGUCCGGAGGACUGCGAGGACGGUCCUCCGGAACUCCUGUUCAUCCACGGUGGACACACCGCCAAAAUUUCCGAUUUCAGUUGGAAUCCCAAUGAGCCGUGGGUUAUAUGUUCGGUAUCUGAAGAUAACAUAAUGCAGGUUUGGCAAAUGGCGGAAAAUAUCUAUAACGAUGAAGAGUUGGAACCGCAAACCAUGGAUAUGGAUCCGCAGGCUAUUUAAGUGUUAAGUGACAUAUUAUUUCGUCGAUAUCUUUCCUUUCGGGGUAUCCAUGGACGUUCGGUUCCAAUAAUCGUUUGAACCUCGAGUAAAUAUUUGCGUUUAUUUUUCAAUCGUUCAACUUUAAUAUUUAUGUCGGUGCAAAAGUUAAACAAAUCAGAAUAUACAAAGUAUUGUUAUGUUGUAAUUAGGUUAAACGAUGUUCGUCUGAAGUUCUGCUUAAAUCGUACCAUUUUC